AUGGAGAUGGAGCGCGAGAGGAGCAAGGAGCAGAGGCGAGAGGCGGAGCUCGCCCUCGUCGCGUCCGGUGCGAGCCGGAGCGGCGGGGGCAAUGGGGGGGCAUCCGGGGGACAAGGAGUAGUCGACGGUCAAGACCGUGAAAUCCGUGAUGGCGAGAGAAACCGUGACGUCAUCUGCGGCGGGCGCGCACGAGAGCAGUCGCCGAGGAUCGCCGCGGGGGUGGCGGCGGAGGCCGCGGCGGCGGCUGGAGCCACCGAGGAGGAAGACCGCCGUCGGGAGCCGGCCGGGGUGGCGGGCGCUGGGNUGCUAGCAAGCGAUUUCGUGACGUUGCAUGCCCUUGAGACUGUGGUGAGGGACGCCCACAUGGAGAUGGAGCGCGAGAGGAGCAAGGAGCAGAGGCGCGAGGCGGAGCUCGCCCUCGUCGCGUCCGGUGCGAGCCGGAGCGGCGGGGGCAAUGGGGGGGCAUCCGGGGGACAAGGAGCAGCCGGCGGUCAAGACCGUGAAAUCCGUGAUGGCGAGAGAAACCGUGACGUGUGCGUCGAAGAUCCCACCGGUUUUUGCCGCUACCACCAGUCCGAACUACACACGAACGGGCAAUGCCGUAACCAGCAGCAUCUGCGGCGGGCGCGCACGAGAGCAGUCGCCGAGGAUCGCCGCGGGGGUGGCGGCGGAGGCCGCGGCGGCGGCUGGAGCCACCGAGGAGGAAGACCGCCGUCGGGAGCCGGCCGGGGUGGCGGGCGCUGGGUGAGAGUGAAGGGCAGCAGCACCACACCGGUCAUGGUGGCGGUGGCUGGAGCCAAGCUUCACCCCCCCCGCAACCUCUUUGUGGACGUGGGCCUGGUGGUCGUCUGGGGCGGCACCCGGGGGGUCGAGGGCCCUCGGGACGCCACGGCAGCGAUGGUCGUGCAGAGAGAGAGCGGGCAUGUAGAGGCCCAAGGCACGCGCGUACCGGCUACGAGAGAGAGCAGGCGUGUGACGAUUGAAGUGGAGUCUGUUUCGAGUGCUUCGUCUUUGCUGAGUGCAGAGUCGAGUGAAGGGCCGCCUGGUAGCGAGAAGUGGGUAGCAGAUUCUGGAGCACGCAACAGCUUCACCAACAGCGACUUGCACAUGUACGACUUGCAGGAGAUCCACUCGAAUAGGCAGUAUGUCAUUGUAGGAGAUGGUCGUCUGCUGAAGGUGAAAGCAAUCGGUAGCAUCAACCUCAGCUUUUUCCAGGAGGUAGAUAACGGAAUGCCAACGACGGUCGUUCCGCCCGCCGGUUCUACCGACGUCGUACCUCUUUCGGCGUCCGGUUUUGAGUGUGUGGGUACUUUCCCGGGUAUGGAUCUAGGAGAUACGAGUGUGUUCACCGACGAGCUGCUCAUGGACGGGUAUGACAAAACCCCGUACCAAGAUUUUUUCCCCGCGUUCAUGCCAGAGAAUGAAGCUGCGAUCGCGGCUGGUGUUAUGGAUGGAAUUGAUGGUGUUGGUUUUGACGUGGGUGUGGCUGCUCUUGGUCCUGGUGCGUCCCCGUUUUCCAUUGGUUCGACCGAUAAGUCCGUCGACAUCAACCGCUUCCACCGUUCCCUUGCCCACGCUUGUGAACCCCUGUUGAGAGAAACUGCCCGGCAGAGGGGCAUCACUCUCACGGGAACGUUGGAACCAUGCUCGGACUGCAUGAAGGCGAAGGGCAAGAGGGCGUCGGUGCCGAAGGGGCCGGGAGCGCGGGCGUCGAAGCCACUCGGGCGUGUUCACCUGGACCUGUGUGGACCGUUGGCGCCUUCCCUGGGCGGCAACCUCUACCUGUUCGUCGCCGUCGACAGCGCCUCGCGAUGGAACAAGGUGUACGGACUUCGGCGGAAGUCCGAUGCGCUGGCGGCUACGAAACGGCUGCUGGCGGACGUGGGGCGGUACGACCUCGGCCGCAUCGAGUGCUUCCGGAUCGACAACGGCACCGAGUGGACCCGGGGCGAGUUUCGGCGUUGCUGCGACGACAACGGCAUCGGCGUCGAGUUCACCCCGCCUGGCGUCCCGCAGUACAACGGCGUCGUCGAGAGCGCCAUCUGGCGCAUCAUGAAGGCCGGCAUGGCCGCUCGCCGCAGCGCUGCCCGUGUGCUCAACGUCGACUACGCCUCCAUCACCGGCCUCGACCCGCGCGGCGACCGUCUUUGGUUGGAAUCUGCGAAGUGGGCCGCCGACGCUCUCAACCAGUCGGCGACCAAGGCCAACCCCGGGCGUCGUUCUCCGCACGAGCUAUUCACCGGUCAGCAGGGGCCGUUCCGCGUGCUGCCGUUCUUCCAGCCCGGCUACAUGCGUGAGGAUCGCCGCACCAAGCUCGACGACCAGGCCACCUUGUGCUAUUACCUGAACGGCGGCGACAACCACCCGAGCGGCACCGUCAAGGUCCUCAAGGCGUCCACCGGCCGCGUCGUCUACACCAACAACGUGUCGUGUGUGACGUCGGCGCCAGCCGGCAAGGGGGGUUCCGCUGGUAUCCCCGCUGCGCCGACGCCUCCCCCGUUCACGCCGGUCGUCUCGAUCAACUUCGGCCCAGCCCCGACGCCUUCGACCGCCGCACAGCCGCCGCCAGCGCCCACGUCCACGCCGUCGCCCGCACCCGCUCCUGGCCAGCCGCCCUCUGCCGCUUCGCCGUCAUCGUCGGCGACCCCCGCUCCUGACCAGACUCCUUCUGCCGCAUCGCCAUCACCGUUGGUAACCCCAUCUCCAGUUCAGCUACCGCCGUUGCCGCCGCCGCCGGGCCCCGCGUUGCCCCCGCUCUCGGCCCACGCCAUGCGGCAGCUUCGCCCGGGCAAGAAGGCCGAGGGUAUGAAGGGCCCGCGGCUGCCAGGCCGCACGAAAUCGGGCACGAGGCACAGCACAGGGUUCAUCUCGAUGCUGGACAAGAACACUCUGGGAGACGGGGGGAGCGGGGACCUGAGAGCCGGGGGGAGCGGGGACCUGAGAGCCGGGGGGAGCGGAGAGCAGGGGGGAGCGCUCGCAGCCGUGGACCUGGGGGCUGUNUCACGCCAUGCGGCAGCUUCGCCCGGGCAAGAAGGCCGAGGGUAUGAAGGGCCCGCGGCUGCCAGGCCGCACGAAAUCGGGCACGAGGCACAGCACAGGGUUCAUCUCGAUGCUGGACAAGAACACUCUGGUAUCGAUGCUGGAGGCCCAGAGCGCGGUGGAGGAGGAGCUCAGGGAGACGGGGGGAGCGGGGACCUGAGAGCCGGGGGGAGCGGGGACCUGAGAGCCGGGGGGAGCGGAGAGCAGGGGGGAGCGCUCGCAGCCGUGGACCUGGGGGCUGUAGGAGCGGGCUUACCACUUGCAUGUGCCACGCUCCUCGCCAACCGGGAAGACAUCGAUGCCAUGCUGCGCGACCAGCGCCCGCCGGAGCAACGCCCUGAUCUCCCGAACUGCCAGGCGAGCGACCUUCGCAUCUCCAAGAGCUACAACGAGGCUAUGGCGUCGGAGUACCGGCACCUCUGGGGCGACUCGAUGAGAAGGGAGUUUUUCGGGUUGCUGGAAGCGGGGACUUUUACUCCGGCGAAGAUGUUGGCAGCGUUGGCGUGCGAGUUGAACCUCGACUUGUGUUAUUUCGAUGUUGAGCAAGCUUUUGUGCGGUCGGAAUUGGAAGAAGACAUGUACAUGCGAUUGCCGCAGGGAUGUGGAGCUCUAUCGGGAAUGAUUGUAAAACUAGGCAGGAGUUUGUAUGGCUUGAGACAGGCAUCUAGGCAGUGGCAUGCAAUGCUGAAGAGGUGUUUGGUUGCGUUGGGAUUUGAGCAGUGCACGGCCGAUGCUUGUGUGUUUCGAUUGAUUGAAGGGGGGGGUGUGGAUUUGAUUUUGGAAGUACAUGUAGAUGAUAUUUUUGCUGUGGGAGAGAGGGAGAGAUGUGAAAAGUUUGGCGCCGACCUUAACAAGUCCGUGCCGGUGAAGAACCUGGGAGAGUUGAGAUGGUAUUCUGGGUGCUUUGACGAGAGAAGCAAGGAGACUGGUAGGCUGACGAUUUCUCAGCAGACUUUCACGGAUGAGCUAGCAGCAGAGUAUGGAGUAGCAGGGGGUAAGAGCGUUCCCAUGUCUUCGGUGGUCAAGCUUUCUGACUUUGAUGCGGAUGAAGAGGCGACAGAUUUUCCGUUUCGUGAGCUAGUAGGAUCUUUGAUGUGGCUGGCGACUCAGACUAGGCCAGACAUUGCGAAUGCAGUAUGGGCAGUAGCUAGAUAUUGCGCGUCUCCGAAGCAGGUGCACUGGGAUGCAGCGAUGGGUAUAUUAGGGUAUGCGAAGAGGACGACUAACAUGGGUGUUUCAUUUCAGAGAGGUACGGUAGAAGGAUUCAGCUUGCAGGGGUACGCUGAUGCGGACUUUGCGAGCAAGGCAGCAGACCGUAGGUCGGUAUCAGGGGGGAUAGUAACAUGCGGAGGAGGCGUUGUGUCUUGGUUUUCCAGAAGGCAGAAGUGCGUUACGCUUUCGACAACAGAAGCAGAGUAUGUCGCGCUUGGCGAUGUAGCGAAGGAGAUUUUGUUUUUGAAGCAGGUUUGGCGAUUUAUUUUGCCGAAGGUCAGCAUGCCGUGCAUCCCAGUCUUUGAGGACAACCAGGGGGCGAUUCAACUAGCGCAGAACCCCAUCUCGAACUCGAACUCGAAGCACAUUGAUGUAACGCACCAUUUUCUCAGGGAACUGGUAGAGAGGAAGGAGAUUUCGGUGAUCCACGUGCCGUCUCCGUACCAGCAUGCCGACUUUCUUACGAAGAGUUUGCCCAAGGACGCGUUCGAGUCUCACCGUGAUUUUGUGAUGAAUUUGGCAUGA